GAGAAGUCAAGACGCCAUACCUCCCCCUCCCCGUCCUCCAUCCAUGGGCGAGCAAUCCCUCUCCCAGCCCAAGCCCCAGCCCCUCUCCCCGUCGCCCCCCGCCUCCACCGCGUCGCCCGCCCCCGCCCCCGCCCCCGCCGCCGCCGCGUCCACCUCCACCUCCAGCUCCCCCGCCAUCGCCGCCGCCUCGCGCCCCAAGAAGGCGGCCCACCGACCAUCCGACUCCAACCCGCCGAAGAAGCCCCGCCUGACGUUUGCGAUCCCGGGCCGGCCCCUUUCCGCCGCCGGCGAGGUGGGCGUGGCCAUCCGUCACCUGCGCGACGCCGACCCCGUCCUCGCCGCCGUCAUCGACGCCCACGAUGCCCCCGUGUUCCAGUGCCCGCACCGCCCGUUCCACUCCCUCGUCCGAUCCAUCCUCUACCAGCAGCUCGCCUUCAAGGCCGCCGCCUCUGUCUACUCCCGGUUCCUCUCGCUCCUCGGCGGCGAGGCCAGCGUGACCCCCGACGCCGUCCUCGCGCUCACCCCGCAGCAGCUCCGCCAGAUCGGGGUCUCCCCGCGCAAGGCGUCCUACCUCCACGACCUCGCCCGCAAGUAUGUCUCGGGGAUCCUCUCCGAUUCCGCCAUCAUCAACAUGGACGACCGCUCCCUCGCCGCCAUGCUCACCAUGGUCAAGGGCAUCGGCGCCUGGAGCGUCCACAUGUUCAUGAUCUUCUCCCUCGCGCGCCCCGAUGUGCUCCCCUCCGCUGACCUUGGCGUGCGCAAGGGCGUGCAGAUGCUCUACGAGCUCGAAGACGUGCCUCGGCCCUCGCAGAUGGACAAGCUCUGCGAGCGGUGGCGCCCCUACCGCUCCGUCGGGGCGUGGUAUAUGUGGCGGCUCAUUGAGUCCAAGGUGCCGCAGCCGGCGCCGGCCAUCCCUGUAGGACCACUUGCCCUCCCUUCGCCUGAUGGCCAGAUUAUGCUACAUGAGCAGCAUCAGCAGCAGCAGCAGCAGCAGCAGCAGAACGUCAUCCAAAUGAUCGAUCCCCUUCAGAUGCUCCCAGGAAUGGGUAUCAUCGGUGUUGUGGGGAGCAUCAGAGAUCUGAUUACGCGUCGCCCCAAGCUCCUGAUUUCUGAUUAAGCCGAUCGGUGUUGUGGGGGACAUCGGAGAUCUGGAGUAUCAGGUGGAGAUCGGCAUUUUUGUCGGGAACAUGGAAAAUCUAGAUCUGGAUUGUUGUGUGCCACCGUGCAUUCGUGCUCCCGCCAAGGGGGCGCCGCAGUGCUAUUUCUGUAUUUCUGUGGUUUUCACAUGGGAGGAUCUGGAGAGGAGAUACUGGCAGUCGUACUGUAACACUGUAGUGGUCUGUAUUGCCAAGUCACUUUCACUGGCGUUCUACCUUGCAGGGUGCGGCUCGGUCAUCUGCUGGUCCUCGUCAGGGUCAGAAUCCAUGUGUUGCGACAUGCAAGCAGUCGCCGAAAUGCAGAGAUCUACCGUUGUAUUCAUGCCAUGGCCUGAAUCUUUUCUUGCUGA